GCAGGCUGGAGGACUGCAACUCGUUUCUCGGCGGCGGCGCGAGGCCCGGCAGCCUCUGCUGAGCUGGAAGAAAGAUGGCGGCAGCCGUGCGGCAGGACUUAGCCCAGCUCAUGAAUUCGAGCGGCUCUCACAAAGAUCUGGCGGGCAAGUACCGUCAGAUCCUGGAAAAAGCCGUUCAGUUAUCUGGGGCAGAACAACUAGAAGCUUUGAAAGCUUUUGUGGAAGCAAUGGUAAAUGAGAAUGUCAGUCUCGUGAUCUCUCGACAGCUGCUAACUGAUUUCUGUACACAUCUCCCUAACCUGCCUGACAGCACGGCCAAAGAUGUCUAUCACUUCACCUUGGAGAAGAUCCAGCCUAGAGUCAUUUCAUUUGAGGAGCAGGUUGCGUCAAUAAGACAGCAUCUUGCAUCCAUAUAUGAGAAAGAAGAAGAUUGGAGAAAUGCAGCCCAAGUGUUGGUGGGAAUUCCUUUGGAAACAGGACAAAAGCAGUACAAUGUAGAUUAUAAACUGGAGACUUACCUGAAGAUCGCGAGGCUAUAUCUGGAAGAUGACGAUCCCGUCCAGGCAGAGGCUUACAUAAAUCGAGCAUCAUUGCUUCAGAAUGAAUCCACCAAUGAGCAGUUACAGAUACACUAUAAGGUAUGCUAUGCACGUGUUCUCGAUUAUAGAAGAAAAUUCAUUGAAGCUGCACAAAGGUACAAUGAGCUCUCUUACAAGACAAUAGUGCACGAAAGUGAAAGACUAGAGGCCUUAAAACAUGCUUUGCACUGUACCAUCUUGGCGUCAGCAGGACAGCAGCGUUCUCGGAUGCUAGCCACUCUUUUCAAGGAUGAAAGGUGCCAGCAACUUGCUGCUUAUGGGAUCCUAGAGAAAAUGUACCUAGACAGGAUCAUCAGAGGAAAUCAACUUCAAGAGUUUGCUGCCAUGUUAAUGCCUCACCAAAAAGCAACUACCGCUGAUGGUUCUAGCAUCUUGGACAGAGCUGUUAUUGAACAUAAUUUGUUGUCUGCAAGCAAAUUAUAUAAUAAUAUCACCUUUGAAGAACUUGGAGCUCUUUUAGAGAUCCCUGCAGCUAAGGCAGAAAAAAUAGCAUCACAAAUGAUAACAGAAGGACGUAUGAAUGGAUUUAUUGAUCAGAUUGAUGGAAUAGUUCAUUUUGAAACACGGGAAGCCCUGCCAACGUGGGACAAACAGAUCCAGUCCCUUUGUUUCCAAGUGAAUAACCUGCUGGAGAAGAUCAGUCAGACAGCGCCAGAGUGGACAGCACAGGCCAUGGAGGCGCAGAUGGCCCAGUGAGCGCGCGACGGCUUUCACCGAGUUGCACGGAUGAAUUUCACGGUCUAUCCACAGCAUUUGCAUCAUGACCUUACGUAUUUCAAUCCCUUUUAUGCUGGAUUCCAUUUAAAGAAGACAUUGUUAGAACAGGAAGCGCAAGCAUUUAAAAACCUGUAGUUCCCAUAUAUUCAGGGUCUCUGUGUCCAAGCUAACUCAGAAGUUUUGAAAGCUUUUUCUUUAAACGGAGUAAGUGAAAUAUCCGUGGCUAAAAAGUUUGGGAUUUGUGAUAACUUUGUAGUCAUGUAAAACUUAAAGUGCUUUGUGCCUCUCCAAAUGUGGUAAUUCUAAUAAAUGGAGACGUGAGCCAAAUAAAAGUAGUACUUUGUUUUUAAUUAGC